AUGUCCCAGAAACAGCUUUUAGCGACGAUUGUGCUCUUAAUAACCGUUCCGUUAAUAUCGGGACGAUGGCUCGACGUAAAACCGGGCGAGAACGAGAAGCAGCUGUUCCUGAGUCGAAGGGUCGUCACCGAGUCCAAAGAAUUCGAUGGUGGCGUCUUAGUCGAUGAAAAGGGAGUAAUCGAAGGCGUCUUAACUAGAGAUGCCAUUGACGCAUUCCUCACCGCUAAGGACAAUAACAUUAAGAUUAUAGAUGGCGGCGACCUGGCGUUAAUGGCUGGUGUGGUGGACUCGCACGUUCACGUCAAUGAGCCAGGACGCACUUCCUGGGAGGGAUACGUCACGGCUACGCAGGCCGGGGCUGCUGGUGGCAUCACCACAAUCAUAGACAUGCCUCUUAACUCCAUUCCACCGACAACAACGUUAGAAAAUUUAAGAACCAAAAUAGCCGCUGCGAGAGAAGAAGUUUUCGUCGAUGUUGGCUUCUGGGGUGGUGUUGUUCCUGGCAACGAGAUGGAGUUACACGAUAUGAUCAGAGCUGGUGUAGUAGGCUUCAAAGGCUUUUUAGCCGACAGCGGAGUCGCUGAGUUUCCAAAUGUAGAACAAAUCGAAUUAGGAAACGUAUUCGCAGUACUAAACGGUACUGGGACGGUUUUGGCGUUCCAUGCCGAGUUGGAAAUUAACGAAACAACAACUGAAUGUGAAGGAUUCGAUUGCACAAAUCCUAAUUUAUACAGUACUUACCUGGCAUCUCAUCCACCAGAAAUGGAAUUAGCAGCCGUAUCUUUAAUAGCAAGUUACUUGCCCAAAACCGAUGUUCAUGUACACAUCGUGCACGUGUCGGCCGCGGGGGUUAUACCAAUUCUCGAGAAAGCGAGGCUGGAGCGAAUCCACGCCGGCAAUAAGGGCUGGCGCGGAGGAAUCACAGCUGAGACCUGUCACCACUACCUCACUCUUAGCUCCGAACAAAUUCCAGCUGGCCACAGCGAGUAUAAAUGCUCCCCUCCUAUCAGAAAUAACAACAAUAAGCAACAAUUGUGGGAGUACAUUCGAGACCACAGACUAGAUUUAGUAGCGUCGGACCAUUCACCGUCAGUUGCUGCCUUAAAGUCGGCCAACUUUAUGGAGUCUUGGGGUGGAAUAUCUUCAGUGCAAUUUGGACUGUCUCUAUUUUGGACGCAAGCUAAAGCUCGAGGAUUCAAACUGGGCGAUGUGAGCCACUACUUGUCAGCUGGUCCAGCUCACCUGUGCGGCUUGCACGAGAAGAAAGGCGCUAUCAGGCCCGGCCUUGACGCUGAUCUCAUCUUUUUCGACCCCAACGCUUCGUUCGUCGUUACGCCUGAUAUCAUUUUGUACAAAAACAAGAUAAGCCCAUAUAUGAAUAGAGUAUUGAAUGGAAAAGUUAUCCAGACGUACCUAAGAGGUCAGCUCAUUUACUCCGAAGGACAAAUAAUUGGCGGACCCAAAGGGAAAUUGAUACUCAAAGAUGAAAUAAACAGAACGCUAUGUAAAAGCACCAAGAAGUAUUACGAUGAUGUUGGAAACUUGAAUGCUUAUCAAAAAUCAAAAAUUGAUUUGGAAUUGCCAAAUGAUAUUAACGAUGCGCAAAAUGAAACAAGUGAAAAUAUGCCCAGUGUAAAAAAUAGCGUUGAAGGAUCUCGGCAACCAAACGGCAGCAAUAUGCAAUUGGAGUGUUUAGAAUUAGCUGGGUGCACCCUCGACCGGUAUAUUAUUGUGGAUAAUUCCCGCCCUUCGUUUUUAGAGAUAACUGGUAUAGCAGCUCAAAGGAGUCCAACAUGCAGUGGCUUAAAUGCUGGAGACUACAGAAAUCUUGCAGCAAUUCUCAACCACCCUAAUUUAUCACAACUAAAAAUAUUAAACAAGGUGCCAUUACCACCUGAAAUUAUGGAACAUUUUGCCCAUAUGCAAUGCCACUGUUUAAUGGGAGUUUUUCCAGAGAUAAGUAGAGUAUGGUUGGCAAUAGAUAGCAAUAUUUAUGUGUGGGCAUUUGAACAUGGUAGUGAUGUGGCCUAUUUUGAUGGCUUGGGAGAGACCAUUGUCAGCGUUGGUUUAGUAAAGCCAAGAUCGGGUGUAUUUCAAAACUUUGUCAAGUAUUUGCUUGUUUUAACAACAACAGUGGAAAUAGUGGUUUUAGGUGUUACAUUUUCUGCUAGUAAAAAUGAUGGCGCUGGAGAGUUUGAAGAAAUACAUUUAGUACCAGAACCAGUGUUUGUCUUACCAACUGAUGGCAUAUCAAUGAUGUGUGUAAAGUCAACAGCAAAUGGCCGUAUAUUUAUGGGUGGAAAGGAUGGGUGCCUUUAUGAAAUAACAUAUCAGGCUCAGCUUGGAUGGUUUGGCAAACAUUGCAAGAAAAUCAAUCAUUCUACUAGUGCCCUUUCAUUUUUGGUACCUUCAUUUCUUAAUGCCGCGUUAUAUGAUGAAGAUCCAAUUGUUAAAAUUGAAGUGGAUAAUUCAAGACACAUCUUAUAUACAUUAAGUGAAAAGGGGUGUAUUGAAGUUUUUGAUUUAGGAAGUGAUGGAGAAAGCAUUAGUAGGGUUGUGAGAUUAACACAGGGAAAAAUUGUGUCUUGUGCUGUAGACAUUGUUAAAACAUUAGAAUCCAAUAACUUUAAACCUGUUAUUGCAAUAUCAGCUGUGGAAGAUUCUGAAUCAGAGCAUUUAAAUCUAGUGGCUGUAACUCAAACUGGUGCAAGGCUCUAUUUUAGUACGGGAAGUGGAGAUGCAAACCAAAGUGGACCACAAAGACCCCAAUAUCUCACAUUACUCCAUGUUCGCUUGCCACCAGGAUUUACCCCUAAUUCAUCAGUUUUGAGACCAAAACAAGUGCACAGUGCAGUAUAUGAGAAUGGUUCUUUGGUAAUGGUGUGUUCGUCGGGUGGAGGGGGUGAAGCAGAAACUCUGUGGUGUUUGUCAAGAGUCCUACCUGGUAUGGGAUUUAGUGAAGCUCAUACUGUACUAGCAUUGGAUGGACCAGCGUGGGCACUCACUGCGCUUCCGCCACAGCAAGCUACUCAACUUUCGCCUGCAGUACUAUCUAAAAGAGAGGUUUGGUCGUGGUCGAGAUGGGCGGUGGUGACGGGAGGGGGCGCGGCGGUGCUUGCUGCAGGCGCGGCUCCAGAGUUGCUUCGAACGCUGCUCCGAGACUGCCGCGGUCCUGACGCCCAGCCCGUCAAGGACUUCUUCCAGUUGCAUAGUAUCGAACAGGCGUGCGCAUGUGCCUUAUACUUGGCUUGCGAAGAGAUUACUAGUGGCGAUUUGUCAGUGAGCGAGUGGGCUACACGCGCUUUCUUCUUGUAUGGCAGCCAGCUUACACCUGCUCCGAUAUAUCAACAGAAUUCUCAAAUGCCUUCAAGUAUAGGUUCUCCAAAAUUUUCUCCACGUCAAAUGUCCACUCCAAUGACUAUCAGAGGAAAUCAAGAGCAAGUGAGGGGUGGUCAAAUGAACCAAUCUUACCAACAUACCCCAUUGAACCAGUCUGUUGGCGGUGCACCAAACCAGUCUAUGAUGCCUCAGUCACCAUUUCAACCAAAUGCUAUGAGUUCGACCGCCUUUAAUCAAUCUUCAUUUAUGGGAAAUGUGACGCAACAUCAAAGGGAUCCCAAUUUUCCAAUACAAGUUGAAUACAGUGCUAAACAUAAUGGUCUAUACAUCUAUGUUGGGAGGAUACUUUCACCCAUUUGGAACUUGAAGUGUGUUUCCAAUUCCCUAACGCCCGACAAAAAAGAGUUCAUGACGAGUAGGGUAACGGGUGAAGACUGCGCUUACGUUGUGAAAAAAUUGCAGCGUGUUGCGGCUUUCCUACAGCGCCCAGUCGCGCCACCACAUUCCGAAGAGCAUGCGUCCUUGCACGCAUUGAAGCUAUUUAUAAAUAUGGCGAUUGAGAUGUUGAGUCUUUGGAAAGUGCUCUGUGAACAUCAAUUCCAUGUCAUCGCUGCAAGCCUCCCUCCUGAUCAGCAGAGUGCUCUACAAGCUGCCAGUUUCAGAGAACUCUUGGUCGGAGGCCAAGAGGUAGCAUGCCUGCUGCUGGGCUCACUAGUAGCCGGAUACUUACGUGAUAACGCUUCCGUAGAUGGUAUUUCCCAAAAGUUACGUCAGCUGUGCCCUACACUAUAUAGGCAAGAAGAUGCUACAUGUUCUAAGGCUAAUGAGUUAUUGAUAUUUGCUAAACAGCAAAAGAAUCCAGCUGAAAGGGAAGAAAUGCUUCAGCAUGCUCUGAAAUUAUGCAAGGAUGUAGCACCAAAUGUGAAUUUGCCAUUGGUCUGCUCAAAGCUAAUAUCUGUUGGGUUUUACUCUGGAGUAGUUGAACUUUGUGUGGCCUGCGCCAGCAAAAUGGAUUCUCAGGACAAAGCCAUACACUAUUACAAGAGUGACCAGCCUUCACAGGACAGGGAAGGUCAUCUUGCUUAUUAUAGAAGAAUGGAGAUAUAUCGCGAAGUGUGUGGGGCAUUAGAACGUUUAUAUGAGCGAAGUUCUGAAACCACCAGCAAUGACAUUUCUCCCUUACGUUCCAACGCUUCUACAGCUGAUGCUACGCUGACUUUAUCGCCAGCUGACGCCAAUUAUCAGGGAAGAAAGCUGGUUUGGGAAUGUUUGUCACGAGAAGACGAACUUCUUCAUGUAGCUGUUUAUGAGUGGCUAGUCUCCAAAAAUUUGGGUUCAGAGUUGAUAUCUCUGGGCGCAUCGCCGCCGCCAUCGCUGCGCACAUACUUGCAGCGUGCCGCUCGAGCCGCUUCGCCGCCGGUUGCCCUGCAACUAUUGGACCUGCUCUGGAAAGUUCUCGAGCGCGCUGGAGAACACCUUGCUGCAGCCGAAGUGCUUGAAGGACUUGCUACUAGACCAGGAUCGGGCGCGACGCUGAGCCAGCGCAUGGCGUGGCUGUCGGCGGGCGUGGUGUGCGUGAGGGGCGCGGGGGCGGCGGGCGGCGGGGGUGGCGGCGGCGAGCUGCUGCGCCGGCUCGAGGAGGCGAGCGAGGUGGCGCGAGUGCAGGCGGCCGUGCGAGCGGCGGCCGCCGCCAAGCGCCCGCCCCCGCCCCACCACCUGCUGCGGCGCCUCGACGACGAGCUGCUGGAGAUCACUCAGCUCUACGAGGAGUAUGCAGACCGUUAUAACCUCUGGGAAUGCAAGCUAGCAAUAGUCCAAUGUUCUGGGCAUAAUGAUGCUCUCCUUGUUGAGAAUAUUUGGAGCAACAUCCUGGCUGAAGCUGAGGCACUUGGUAGAAACCUACAUACCCCAGAUGAAAGACUUGCCUCUGUACUUAGUAAACUAACAACCUUGGGGAGAGAGUAUGUUAAUACCGGACAUUGCUUCCCACUGUAUUUUAUUGUCAGGCAGUUAGAAAUAAUGAGCUGCAAAAUGCAAGCAGAGAAGAGUAUGGUGUUCAAAGCAGUUUUGAAUAUAGGUGUGUCAUUAGAACAAGUGCUUGAUAUUUAUAUAAAGUUGGUGAGCGUGAACGAGCGCGUGUGGCUUGGCUGCGGUGACGAGUCGCACGUGUGCGCCGCGGCGGCGUUGCUCUUGGAUGCAGCGCGGGGCGACGUUGCCGCUCUGGCACCGGCGCCGCGCCGUCGCGCGUUAGCCCGCUGCAAGGACCUGCACGAGGCCGCGCUAUCCGCGCUGCAGUCUCGACCGAACACGAAGCAUCUCAUUGAUAAGCUGACAGUGGCGCAGGCUUAUUUAGAUCGAAUGGAU